UGCAACUAGUGGGACGGGCACACAUUUCCUAGGAAUGCCUGCAUCAUUUUUCUCUGCAAUGUUUGAUGUUCUGCAGAGAAGGAUAGCGAGGAGAAUUUGUACGUAGUGGCGAAGCAAGGUUUAAAAUCAUUUGAUGUAAAAUGUCGCACGAGUGGCAAGCAGCAGCUAAGAAUUAUGAAAUUGAAAAGAAUAUUUGGUUAUGUAAAAGGGAGGAGGUGUUUGAUCAUCCUCUCAAGCCAUCAACUAUUACAGUUCAAGAAAGUAAAAUAAAGCGCCGCUUUGGUGGAAGUAAUACAAGCAGUGCUUCUUCAUCCAUUUCUGGAACACCCAAAAAGAACAUUUCAGAUCCCUUAUCUACUUUUCAUCCACUAAGCUCAGCUUUAGAUGGCACUGAUCCACUUUCACAAUUUGCAGCUGGUUUGGAUCCUCUUAGUCAAAUGGCAGAGGAACAUGAAAGAGCUAAAGAACUUUCUGCUGCCCGAAAAUGUCGUUUGGAUGAUACUUUUGAACCGUGGUCUACUAAGAAGGUAGCAAUUUUAAGCAAGUUUACUACAUCUGAGAAGCUGUCUAUUGCAACUAGUUUUUUAUCUGGUGGUGAAAAAGUUAUUGGUAAAACUACUGCAUCUGUGAGUGAUAAAGUUAAAACUCGCCUGGAACAACUCGAUGAUUUUGAAGAGGGCUCUGUAAAAGAAAUGCUAAAUUUGACCCAACAAGAAUAUGUUCAUCGCAUUGAAGAAUUAAACCAGGCAUUAAGAGAAUCUUGGGAGCAAGACCAGCGUGUUAAAGCCCUCAAGAUUGGAAUUCAGAGUGCCAAACUUUUAGUAGAUACAGCUGUUAUACAGUUCUAUCCGAGUAAAUUUGUUCUAAUUACAGAUAUAUUGGACAACUUUGGUAACCUUGUCUACCAAAGAAUCCAUUCUAAAGCAGAACAUCAUAAACCAGGCAGUAAAAAUCCUACUCCUUUACCUGAAUGUUUCACUCCUGAUCAAGUUCCUGAAUCUGCAAAGGAGACAUGUAGAAAUUGGUUUUUUAAAAUUGCAUCUAUACGAGAACUGAUUCCAAGAUUCUACAUGGAAACAGCUAUAUUAAAAUCAUAUAGUUUUCUAACACAAGGGGAGUAUGCAAAAGCUUUAAUACGUCUGACAAAAAUGAUUAGAGGCAUUGGUGAUCCUUUAGUAGCUGCUUAUGCACGUUGCUACCUCUGUAGGGUUGGGAUGUCUGUUGCUCCAGAAGCCCAUGAACACUUAAGAGAAAACUUUUGGGAUUUCUUAAUGAUGUACAAUCAAUUGCAGAGCAAUUUUGUGAAGGAAACUUUAAUAAAACAAAAUCUGGAUUUGCCUACAUAUUUGACCUUGUAUCCACCAGCUCUUGACUGGAUUCUACAGUGUGUUGCAUAUAAAGCAUCUGAACCAGUUCUUAGUGAAGUUUUACAUAAAUGCAAAAUACAGUGCAAUAGUGCUCUGUUGCUAAACUCUGUGAUGGCUGCUUUCAAACCUGAAUUUAUUGCAAAAAGAGCUUUAGAACUUGUUGAAAUUAUGAAAGAGUGUAAUGACUCUGGAUUUCCUAAGCCGUUAUUAUUUCGUACACUGGGUCUCUGUUUGGUUGUAGCAGACCCUCCUGAAAAUGAAAGGCUGCAAAUUCUAAAUGAAGUAUGGAAAAUUGUGACUAAAUUGAAAAAUCCAGCUGAUUAUAUGAGUUGUGCUGAAAUCUGGAUAGAAUAUGCUGUAAAACAUUUUACAAAACGAGAAAUAAACACAUUUUUAGGGGACAUAAUUCGACAUAUGACACCUGAUAGGGCAUUUGAACAACAUUAUCCUCAGUUGACUAGAGUAAUUGAUCGCAUUUUAGCACAUUUACAUGACUUUAGUGCUGUUUUUUCUAUGGACAAGUUUCUGCCCUUCCUUGAUAUGCUGCAAAAGGAGCCUGUAAAAGUUGAAGUUUGUAAAGUAAUAAUGGAAGCUUUCAUAAGGUAUCAAAUAGAAACAACUUGUGAUCCUGUGAUUGUCAAUGCUGCUAUGUUUAUUUGUAAAACAAUACAUGAUUCUGUGAAUGCUUUAACUUUGGAGGAUGAAAAACGACAAAUAGGGAUGCUUAUAUGUGCUUUCAUUAGAAAAAUAAGUUUUGGGCGAGAUUUUGAACAACAGUUAGGAUUUUAUGUUGAGGCAAGGGCAACGUUUAGCAAUUUGGAUUUGGCUCUCGUACAGCUUGUGCAGUGUGUUAAUCUUCUGGCUAUGAGAACAAGACAGAUUGUUAAAGGCCAUCAUACUAGAAAAACUUCAUCAUUUGUUAAAGCUUGUAUAGCAUACUGUUUCAUCACUAUACCAUCACUAAUGGAUGUCUUCAGUAGAUUAGAUUUGUAUUUAUUAUCUGGUCAAGUGGCUUUGCUGAACCAGUGUCUUUCUCAAGCUGAUGCCUUUUUGAAAUCUGCUAUUAGUUUGAUACCAGAAACCCCUCCUACAAUCGAACUUGAUAGCAAGCAUAAGUCUACUGAGCCGUACCUUGUAUCUUAUAUAAGCAAUCUACUUUCUACUCUUCUAAUUGUGCCAGACCAUCCUGAACAAGAACCAUUGUAUUUAAUUCGAGGUCUUCUCAAUGUUAUUCAAGAUUAUACUUGGGAACAGCACACUGACUCAAAAGUUCUUGUUUAUUUGAAUGUUUUAAAUUUACUAUCUGCUAUGAGUCAAGAGACAUAUAUUUGGACUAUUGAAGGAGUUGAUUCCAAUGAUGCAUUGUAUGGGAGUGAUCCAAAAUUCAUUGCAGAAAUCAACAAAAUUUGUUCUACAUUAAUUGAUGAAAUAUUGGCCCAUUUAAAAUUUUUGGGUGAUAGAGGGAAUUUCAAAAAACAAUCUCAUUUAGCAUUGGAGUUAUUAUGCCAUAUUGCUGCUCAUGAAGAUUUAAACUGCAGUUCCUUAUUUACUUUAUGUAAUAAUCUGUGGUUAUUAGCUCAUCGUCAUGGCCAUUGUGAUAUGAAGUCUGCUGGAAAUUGUUUGUCGUACAUAAAAGUUAAAGCAUCUCAUCAUGGUAAACCAUAUCAAGAUCUUGCCAGCAAACUUCAGUUGCCAACACAAGUCUAGGAAAAAAAUUGUCACUUGAAAUGGGAUGUAUAACUAUAAAAAGCAUGUAAUUAUUGCUUAAUUUAAAUGUAUUUUGUUCUUGAUAAAGACAUUGUUUGUUGUUUGAAUAACUCGUUCAUUCAAAUAACAAACAAUGAAUUUAGAGUAAAUCAAUCUUUGUUAUUAAACGCUUGUUAAAGUACAGUAUUAUUGUUUAAAAAGAUGAUGUAGUAAAAAAAAUAAGCACAGAAUUUAUAUGAAUGUGGUGUAAAUAAUUGAUGAAAAAUCAUUGUAAAAUACAUUAUGUUUCACUGAAAUAAAGAUGUUUAUUUUUAAAGAAA